AUGGGUUCGCUGGAAGAACAGUCACCGCUCUUGGAGGAUGGACUCAUUCAACAGGUGCCUAGUUCAUCCUUGGCACUCAUAUAUAUGGCUUUCUUCUUUGAUGCUGCAUUAGUUGACAGAUGGCUUAGAUUAAAGAUGUUUGUGGUUGAGGAUGAAAGCAAGGGACUCUACACAGGAGAUGGCUCCGUUGACGUUAACGGGAAGCCUGUCCUUAGGCACAAAACUGGAAACUGGAAAGCAUGCCCUUUCAUACUGGGUACUGAAUGCUGUGAACGCUUGGCCUACUAUGGGAUCGCUACUAAUCUUGUCACUUAUCUUACCAACAAGCUACAUGAAGGAAAUGUGUCAGCUGCAAGAAAUGUUACUACCUGGGCAGGCACUUGCUAUCUUACACCCCUCAUUGGAGCCGUGCUAGCAGAUGCGUAUUGGGGAAGAUAUUGGACAAUUGCUGCUUUCUCCACAAUUUACUUCAUAGGAAUGUGUGCGUUGAGUCUUUCAGCAUCUAUUCCAGCAUUAAAGCCAGCUGAAUGCGUAGGUUCUCUGUGCCCUCCAGCAACUCCAGCUCAGUAUGCAGUAUUCUUUUUUGGCCUCUAUCUGAUUGCUCUUGGGACUGGUGGCAUCAAACCAUGUGUUUCAUCCUUUGGGGCAGAUCAAUUUGAUGACACUGAUCCAAAGGAACGGGUAAAGAAAGGAUCCUUCUUCAAUUGGUUCUAUUUUUCUAUCAAUAUCGGUGCUCUUAUAUCGAGUAGUUUCCUGGUAUAUAUUCAAGACAAUGCUGGGUGGGGACUAGGAUUUGGAAUUCCUGCUCUGUUCAUGGGCAUAGCUAUUGCUAGCUUCUUUUCAGGUACACCCCUUUACAGAUUUCAGAGACCAGGGGGAAGCCCUGUUACAAGGAUGUGCCAAGUUUUGAUUGCAUCCUUCCAUAAGUGGAAUAUGGAGGUCCCUCAAGACAGUAGCCUCCUGUAUGAAACACGAGAAAAACACUCUGCCAUUGAAGGAAGCCGGAAACUGGAGCACAGCGAUGAACUAAAAUGCCUUGAUAAAGCUGCUGUGCUGUCAGAGGAUGAGAUCAAAAGUGGGAACUUCUCCAACUCAUGGAGGCUUUGCACUGUCACACAGGUGGAGGAAUUGAAGAUUUUAAUCCGCAUGUUUCCAAUCUGGGCUACAGGAAUUGUCUUUGCUGCUGUCUAUGCCCAAAUGUCUACUAUGUUUGUGGAACAAGGGAUGCUGAUGGACACGACAAUCGGUUCUUUCACCAUUCCUCCUGCAUCUCUGUCAACAUUUGAUGUUAUUAGUGUUAUUUGCUGGGUGCCAAUCUAUGAUAGGAUUGUUGUUCCAAUUGCAAGGAAGUUCACAGGCAACGAGAGGGGCUUCUCAGAGUUGCAGCGUAUGGGAAUUGGCUUGUUCAUUUCAAUGUUAUCAAUGACAGCUGCUGCAUUGGUAGAGAUUAAGCGCCUACAGCUUGCAAAAGAGCUUGGGUUGGCUGACGAAGCUGUUGCAGUGCCUAUUAGUAUUUUUUGGCAGAUCCCGCAAUAUAUGUUGGUUGGUGCUUCAGAAGUUUUUACGUUCAUUGGUCAGCUUGAAUUCUUCUAUGAACAAUCUCCAGAUGCCAUGCGGAGUUUAUGCAGUGCAUUGUCACUUCUGACGACGUCUUUAGGUAAUUACCUGAGCUCUUUUAUUCUGACUAUGGUAACUUACUUCACAACCACGGGUGGGAAGCCAGGAUGGAUCCCCGAUAACUUGAAUGAGGGGCACCUUGAUUAUUUCUUCUGGCUUUUAGCUGGACUGAGCAUCCUCAACAUGCUGAUCUACGUUGUCUGUGCCAACAAAUAUAAACAGAAGAAGGCCGCCUGA